ACUAGUGCGGUUUCUUCGAAUAUUGGAAGACAGAAGACCCUGAAAAAACAUAUGAUAAAAAGAUAAUAACUAAGACUGAUCCGCCUCUUAUCGAUCUGUGCUUGGUCUUCGAAUCGAGCUCGUUGAAAUACAUCGCAUCGUGCCUGAAAUAAGUAACUUAAUUCGUCCGAAUACAUUGCUUCUUCGUCACAUCUUUAGUUCGUGCCUAAACGGUUUUCGUGGCUUUCUUUCAGUUCUAGCCUGGCUUGAAUACGUCGUUCGUCUUCGUAGGUAUGUUCGUUUUCGUAGGUAUGUUCGGAUGCUACGGAUUCGCUUCAGUGCCAUACAAAAUUGUCAUCAUGACGUCUACAACUCUAUUUGUUCCACCAUCUUCAAUCCUUGACUUUGGUUGUGGUCCUACAGUUUUUUUAAGACUACUACAGUAAAAGUUCCUCGUCGGAGCAAAGAUGCAAAAUGCACCGCCAGCCCCUGCGGGCGCCGGCGCGGGUGGCCUCGGCUAUGAGAUUAUGGGAGCGGUGAAGAUAAAAGAUGGGGUACCUGCUCAUCUCAACUUUCUUAUUCUUUGAGGAUUUGACGCGAUCACUGAAAAAUGGAUUUUCAUUGCUCAUCCACUCCUUUCAUCACUCCGUGCAAUUCACGAUCACGACUCUAAACUAACUGCCAAUCGAUCCCAAAAAAUCCUUCUAGGUCUUCAUCGGUGAUGAGCUGGCUGCUCAGGAUUUGGAGUUUGUGGUCGCGAAUAAGGUUACGCACAUUAUCAACUGUUGCGGUCGAAAUGUGCCGAAUCACUGGGAGAGCAUCGGCGUUGUCUAUCUCACCUACUACUGGGUAGACAACGAGAAUCAGGUACUUACAACUUUGACUGCUUGCUUGUCCCCGGAUGGAAUAUUAGUUUCCUCUUAGCAACAGUGAGUAAACUAUUACGUCGAUCAUGUGCAUCUAUUGUCGAUUCUCAGUAAUGAAGGAUAUCGAUAUUGAUAUUGAAGGAUAUUGAAAAAUAUUGAUAUUUUUCACAUAUUGAAGGACUUUUCCCCAAUAAAUUUAAUUCGAAAAACAAAAACCCUGUCCAGAUAAUACUCGAUAACAAGGACGUAGUGGCAAACGAGUGUUUUCACUUCUUAGAGGAGGCCCUUGGAAAUGCGGAGUCGGUGCUUAUUCAUAGUGUGCGGGGGCAGAGCCGCAGCUGCGUGGUAAGGGUUGAUUACAUUUUAGUGUCUUCUCAACUGCCAAUCCGGUGCUCGAUGCGCAGGGCUGAGGCGGGAACCCCCCUAAUCCUAAUCCUUUUGCUCCCAUCGAAUGAUGAUGUUAGAACACUGCGUACUAUGAAGAAAACCGAAAAUUCCUGAGACUUACAGAAUAAUUGUUGGAGCAGUUCUGCUGGGCAAAAGGGGAAUCAACAACAGAGUGAAAUGUUGACAAGAUCUCGAUUGCAGGUUCUCGCUGGUUACAUGAUGAGGAAAUAUUGUUGGGGGUUGCGAAAAAGCAUGGAUUUUCUCACAUCAAGACGGCCAGAUAUAAGCCUGAAGCCUGCAUUCCUUCAACAGCUAUCGCAAUACGAGAGGCGGCUCGUCGCAACUAGCAACAAGAAAUUUACAGUCGAUUGGUCUGGUAUUUCCACUACUACUUCUCGGCUGUAAGACAAAGACUGUACUAUUUUGCAAAUUUCUUCGCAAAACCAGUUGGAACGACCUCUCAUUUGUCCAAUUUCUCAGAUAUGCCUAACCCAACGACUCUCGACGGAGAUGAGUUGCUGUUGCGGAACACGUAUAUGAAUAGCCAGAUCGAAAAUCUCUCAUCAAAGGCGGACUCUAGCAAAUCAGGUAUUUUUUGAAAAUGUUGAUUUUUCCUCCUGCUAGACUAAACGGAUCCUAAAUUACAUGGCCACUAGAAUAGUAUCCUUGUAUGUAAACAAAAUAGAAUUUUUUUAUAAGUAUCUCUUCUAGUUAGGACGACUCUACCACUAAUAUAGUGUUAUAAGGAAGUAGUGUGUAGUCUCUUUUCGACCCCUGGAGUGGGUACAUUCAUUCACUCACUCAGAGUUGCUGUAGCUGGAGAUAGUCCUAGUCGACCUCUCUAAUGCUUCUGCCACUCGUAGAAGUAUCAAGUUCUGCUUUUCCACCAACAUACUUCUUCUCUUCCAUCAACAACAACUACAACAGGUUUGUCUGGCCACAAAAGGCGGCUUGAGUGGUCCGAUGGUGGCAAUGACGACAAGGGGAAGCUCGAGAAGGGCGGAGACCGUCCUCAUUGCAAGACGGGACAUAACGGACAAUUCAUCCUAACGCCAAUAAUUACGGCAUCGUGUUGUAAAUUUUUCAUAAUCCAUCAUGCUCCUGUGUCUGUAGCACUUCCUACUAUCGAACUUCACCGUAUAGACCAAAGGGAACGGGGAUCAUGCCUCAGACCGCACGAGGACAGUGGAGACCAGAACAUGUACUGUACUAGCAGGAGAGGACCUAAAAAUCACAGUGUCUGUCAUACACUUCUACCUUGACAUCUCUUCUAAUCGGAUAAAAGCAGUAGGGCCAGUCGCACCGGCAAGUAAUGCAGCUCCCAUUCCUGCCCCACUUCCAGCUGUAGUUCCGAGUGUGAAUCAUGCUCCUGAGCCGGCUCCGAUGAUAUCAGCCCCGAAGGUAGCUCCAGUUCCUUCACACAUCAUCGAAGAAGAAUCGCAACCACUUCCCGCAACGCCAACGCCGCCAAUUGUAGAGGCGCCGCCAGGUAGCAAUAAUUCAUUAGUAUUCUUAUGAAUUAAUAGUAUUCUUUUCAUCUCGUGCAAAUAAGAUUCUUGACUAUCAUCUAAGGAUCAACAACUUAAUAGUAUUCUUAUGAAUUAGUAUUCUUAUGAAUUAGUAUUCUUAUGAAUUAGUAUUCUUAUGAAUAAAAAAAUGGCAACUUCUUCCCGAAUAAAUGGCAACUAAGUACCCGAACGCGUAGGGCUUAACGAUGCCCUCUCUGGAGCACAUCAGACGAAAAGAGAUGUCACCUCAUAUAAUUACUUCGACGUAAGAAUCCUAGAUAUUCUACAUUCUAAAAUAUACUCCUCACAGCGCCGCCAAUAGUGAAGCACGAUCCGGCUCCUAUAUUGUCAGCCCCACAGAGCAGUGCCAGCUCAUCCACAAAAUGGCGGAAGCAGCCAUUCCCGACAGGUUCUGGGGGCUUCUUUUUUCGACGGUCUACAAUAAGUAUUGGUAAGUAAGCAUAAGACAAACAGUACUUAUGUAAUGCAGCUGUUUUCUGUGUUGGUCGUCGCAUGAGGAUCGUAAAGAAAACGUAUUCAAAGACUUGUUUGAACCCUAAACCCUAGCACCGAUGAGUCGUUGUAGACCUGUUUACUCACCCGGCUUUUUAACAGGAUACUUUAAUACUCCUUCCUGCUUUCAACACAACAGCGCCGGCAGACCUCGGAGCCAAGCAGGAUUUACAAGCGCCGAGCAGCGGAUCCUCCUUUUUUUCGCGUUUAUCGGAGACAGAGGGAUCGAACGCGGGUAGUGGUAUUGAGAUUAUAAUUCCUAUUGGCAUAUGGCAAUGUAAUUCCUGUUAUUUAAUUUUUGUAUCAUGUUGAAACAAAUCCUUCGUGUUAGAUUAGUUCCUUUAACCAAUGUACCAUUAAACGAAUCGAUUCUUGCAAUGUGAUGUUCUGGACUCAUUCUACUUAGUAGCUGUAGAAAGUUCAUUCUGAAAAUGUAACUCUCCCCAGGUACUUUGUCGCCACGUAGUAGUACUUCGACAACGCGGCCUUCCAGUAGCGGUCAAAGGCCAAGUAGUCGACAACAAGAGGAACCGAAUACAGUGUGGCUCACGAGAAAUAGAAUUGCCAACGACAAAGAUGCGUACUUUUACAUUAUGUGAACAGAGUCUUUGGCUUUCUCUGGUUUUACUUUUCUUGAUAGAUUGUAGCUACCAGUACUAGUUUUUUGGGUAUAGGACGUCUAAGAAAAUAAAGACCAUAUCUCCAACAUUUUAGAUACCCGCGAAGGAGGGAAGCGUCACCGAAAGUCGAGCGGUAUAAUGAGCAGGGUAUGCGACAACCGGUUCGUGGGGACAGCCCAAUGAGACAGCAGCGGCAGCGAGACGGCAGCGUGGGCCGUAUUAUAUACAGCCGUAGUCCAUAUUGUUUGAUGUUGGUGUAUCUUCUUCUUCACUAGAUCUAGAGCUAGAGGAUGCUUAGAAAAUCAUAUGACUGCGAUAGCUUGAUUUCGUAAACACGAGACUGAUCCGUCGCAGUGCUUACCACAAGCACCGCCUUUUACCCUUCUCCCCAAAUAUAAGGUUCAUCCUCAUACGACGCGAGAUCGGGAGGGUCACCACAUCGAUAUGACUAUGGACAACAGCGUGCGACUGUCACAAGCAGGGAUUUAGGCGGUAGUUCUAACCUGGGUGGACUUCUUGGCUCAUUGCGCACGUCCGGACCGAUGAAAGGUACUUUCUCCUCACCAGGAUAUUGAUUACAUGGCUUAUUUGCUUUGUCAUGCAUCUUCUCGAUGAUUUAGCUUCAAGAACAGUCACUCUUACUGUUACUGUAAUAAAUGGUUAAUAUGGACGCAGCUGCAUGUUGUUGUCUCACCACCUUAUUUGUUUACUUUUACAUUUCAUUCAACAAAAAAUCAAUUCCCUCAUAAAUCCUAGGUUAGUUUUUCCAAUCAACAUAAGUUCACCCACAGGUCCUUCCGUGUCAUCAGCCGCUGGAAGGAUGGGAAUUGGGAUGAGCGCGUUUAGACAGAGCGGACCGGUAAAAGCUCAUCGUUCGGCAGCUCCGGAAAUGUUUGCAGAUGCCAGAAAGUCCACUAGGCCGUCCACAGCACCAAGCACACGUAUUCUUAAGAGACCAGUCGCUUGUAAGAGUAAGAUGUUAUUUUUCAUCUUUUUGCUGAUGUUGAGUAGUUAGACGAGGUAUGGAUCAAGAAGAACAGAAGAAACUUACAGUACGAGAUUUAGAUGAUCGCGCAGGUAAUCUUUUUACCUCUAGAUUUGAAGAUUAGUGUAGUAGUACGUUCUCUUGCACUGUUCUCUCAGGUGUUACACCCGGUGGCGUCUUUACAACACAGUAUGGUCAGUAUCGGCCCAACAGUCCUUUGCUGCGGAGCAGUACCCAUUCUCGUCCGGCAUCGCCGAUUACAGGCAGGCCCGCCUCUCCGUCAAGAAAUACGCUUGUAUCAUCGGCCGGUCGACCCGUCUCACCAUCGAGAGGUAGAAAAUUUUUUUUGACCUUCUUCAAUAGUUUCUUCUCAAUGGAAUAGAAAUGUGUUAGUAACAAGGACUCUAUUCUACCCGUCGCCCUUCACCGAUUCACUGCAUAUACCUCCAAACAAUCCUGAGCCAAUGCCUGCCUUUGCAACUGCAUCAUAUGUUCGAUUUUCCCUCUCUCUCUCGUUCAUCUUAGGUAUUAUCUCAACGGGUAGCGCAUUGGGUAUGAAUUUCCGAACGAAGAGCUUGUCUUCGCACAUGCGACGUGCGCCUUCGCCCACACCCGCUUUUAAUCGAGCACCGAGCCCGAGUCGGCCGCGUUGGCGCAUGUGA